GAUGGGGGCAUUUUAGUUAUUACUAAGUCAAGGAUCAUGAUUAAGGCCCAGAGAUUCUAGAAAGGAGGUAGAGGAAAGGAAAGAUCUCAGAGUAAACUGAAAUAAUUCCCAAGAUCCAGGAUCUAUGAAACUGUCAAAAGUUGGCCUAGAGAAUUAAGAGAGUAGCCAUGAAAUAAGUUGGAGUUCAUAAUCCUAAAUGACUAGGAUAACUAGAGGGCAUGGUGCUAGGACAUAACUAGCACGUGUCAGAACAGGAUCACAGAUUCCCACUGUGACCCAAAUAUUCGAGCCUUCCCUAUUCCGGGGAGGACACCAUCCACCCAGAUACUUUGGCCAAAUGAUUGCUGUCCUUCCCUUAUGAUGUCACAGUUAUUCAGAUUUUCACACCUGAGGCCCCAGACACUGUGGGACAAAGAUAAGCCGUUCCUGCUCUACCCUAUCUGAAUUCUGGUACUACCAGAUCCAUGGGCGUCAUGAAAUGGACAUUAGUGCACAACACCAUAUAUUGGAAAGGUGGAUGACCAGAAUGCAUUCUAUUCAUUUAUUCUUCAUUUAAGUCCAUCCUGUACUUCAUCAGUAUUUCACUUUACAUAUUCCAUUCGAAUCCAAUUCCUAUCCCAUCCUUCAUAAUCUUGGAUUCUGUUUUUUAUUCCAAGUUUCAUUCCAUUCUUUUGUGAUAUUUUUAAAUUUAUAGUGCGUGUUUCAUGGUCCAUUUAUUUUAGGCCAUUGCAUAUUCCACUCCGUAUUGUGGUUGUUCCUAUUUUAAUUUCCUUCUGUUUUCUUUAAUUCUUUACUUCACACCAUACUCCAUUUUACUUCUUUUUUUCAUGUAACAUAUUUUCCUUUAUUCCAUAUGCCAUGAGAUAUUUCCAUUUUGCAUUCUAUUCCAUUUUUCCAUUAUGUUCCAUUCAAUUUUCCAUUCCAUAUCCUAUUCGAGUCCGUAUUCCAUUUCCAUUUUAUUUGUUUCCACUAGAAUCAGUCUCAAUUUCAUCACAUUCUGCAUUCCAUUCCAAAUCCAUUUUCCACUCCCUAUUAAAUACUCCAACUACUAUUUCGUUUUUGUGUUGUGUUUCAGUCCAGUUGCUCAUUAAUUGCACAAAAUAUCCCAUUCCAUGUGGCCAGAAUUGCUGUCACAGCAACUUUCAGGAGAACCACCUACCAAAAUUUUUAUCAAAUAAUUACAAUUGCACGUUAGCUGUAUUCAGAAUUUCCUUUUCUGGGAAUUUAUCCGCAACAAGAUCACAUUUGAAGAUCUGGACAAUUUUUAAUAAAAAGCAUAUAUCUUACAUGGAUGUGUUAUAGAGAGUGAAAAGCUGGAAACAACAAAUGUUGAUCAGUAUAGCAGUGUUUGAAAAUGUAAGCUUCCUCCAUAAAAGGAGUAUUUUGUAGUUACACAAUGGCCUUGUCGAAAUUUAUUUAUUGACAUGGAAAGUGUGUUUUAUGGACUCAGAAAGCAGGUUACAAAACAAUAUGUACACAUAAGUAAUUCAUUUUUAUAAAAGCAAAAGGACUGAUUUAUGAAUGGCCAUUCUACCAAAAAAUAAACAUCCUCACUACUUGCCUUUGGGUAUAUGGGAACCUAGGUUCUAGUUUUCCUUACAUUUGCUUUUCUGUUUUGGGUACAGAACAGUAAUAAUGACUUUCAUAAUAAUGACUAAAAAUUAGUUUCCAAAUAUUGCACUCCAAGCCUGUGCAUCACACCAUGUUUAUAUUAACUGAAACUAGAGAGUAGAGCAAAUCGAUUAAUGUACAUUCAUUAGUGGAUUACUAUACAGCCCAUACAAACGGUGAUGCAUCUUUAAGGGCAACAUUACCAUUAAUCCCAGGCAAUCUGUGUAUGUUCAGGGUACAAGGCAGGAGGAAGAAUCGUGCUGGAAAAUUUAAAUUCACCCUACCCUCCCACCCCCGGACUUGCCAAAAUGCUGAACUUCCUGAGCCAAGACCCCAGUGUAGGCCCCAUCCCUUUGCUCCCUUUCAGGCCACUGUCCAACCAGAUUUCUGAGUUGGGUUACCCAGAUGCCUGGAGGAGUUCUGGGACCGUCCCCUUUAGGGUCACAGAUACGGGUCCAGUGUCCUGACCAUAUUCCAGGAGGGAUGACUAGCUAGGGACUGAGCCAGAGUGGUGCUACAGGCUAGGCUUACUUGGGGUGACUCAAAGUGUUUAUAUAGACAGCCUCUCUAUGCCUGCCUCCUCUUUUGAAACACACAUACUCCUAGAUAAGGAUGGGGAAUUCACAGCAUUGGUCCAGCCGGGUUCAGUCGGGCCUGGGUGAUGAGGCUGACGGGACUGACGGGGCGAACGGGACUGAUGGGGUAAGAGGGGUGGAUGGGGCAGAAUGGGCAGACAGGACUGACGGGCGGACGGGACUGACGGGGCGAACGGAACUGACGAGGCGAACGGGACUGACGGGGUGAACCGGAAGGAUGGGAUGGAUGGGGGGAUGGGGCAGACCAGACCCCAAAGUGUGGAGCACACCCCCCUGCUCCGCGCUAGAUGGAGCCAGUUUUGCCCGCUCUCGGAGGGCGAGAUGAGAGUCACGUGACGCCCAGCUCGCCAAUCAGAAGGAAAGACUCUGCCAGGCCCGCCCACCCUCCUCACUCUGGGCGUCCCGGGCUCCAGUGAGGCAGCGUCUGCAGCUUCGCUCUCCGGUCUUGAGCUAGAAUCUGGCAUUAUGGCCACCCAGUCGAGCUUGGAGAAAGAGCAGCAGCCACAGCAGGGUGAGGUGCCUGCAGAGCCGAAGAAUGGCGUCACUUCUGCGCCUGGCGACACCCGUGAGACCGAGAACCCCGAUCCUGGUGCCUUGGUUUCCAGCGACUCCGGUGACCCGUCUCCGUCGGGUGGCGGCGCUCCUCAAGGAGACACAGUGAGUUCGUCCUGCGAUGUGGCCGAUGCCGGCACCAUUUCGCUCACUGGGGCAGAUGUGGGGCCGCCCUCGGUGGAGGGUGUGCAGGAGAGAGGGUGCCCCGACCUCCAAGGCGGCGGAAGUUCCCCUGCGAAGCUGAUCUGUUUGGUGCUCGAGACGGGCCAAGGCAUCCAGAUCGCACCUUCGGGCAGUGGAGGCGCCAUCGGGCAAGCAGCAGGGGGCGCUGGCCAGCGUCCCACCCAAACCACGAGCCCGGGGAAGAGCAGUGGGAAGAAGCGGCCCCGCGGUGAGGAGGCUGCCCCAGUUCAGAAGCUUCCACGGCGCUGUUUGUUUCCCGGGGCUGCCGGGCCCCAGUGGUCCAUGCCUUCACCACCAUCUUCUCCGAGGUCUGAGCCCAGCAGCUGCGGCCAUUCUCAGGCUUCUCAGCAGAGCAACGCAUCGCCGCCGGGUCCUGCCCUCCGAAGCAAGACCAAAGCACCAGGCCCUGCUCUUUGCGGUCAAGCAGCCAGGCCAGGCCCUGCCCUCCGCCGCCGCAGCCACGCCACCGCAUCGGGCCCUGCUCUUCGCAGCCGUUCAUCCGUGCAAGGCCCUGCCCUCCGCGGCCACACCACCCCGCAGGGUCCUGCUCUCCGCAGUCAAGCAGUCAGUCCAGGCCCUGCCUUCCGCCGCCACACCACGCAGCCAGGCCCGGCUCCUCGUAGCCACGCAUCUGGGGCCCGCGCUACUGUUCGCAGCCGUGCAGCUGAGCAGCGCUCUGCUCGCCACCACCGCCGUGCACCAGAGCCAGGCCCAGCUCACCGCCAUAUACCCGCGCCAGGCCCUGCUCUCCAGCACCAUGCAUCCGUGCCAGGCCCUGCUCAACGCCGUCGCGGUGCACCCGAGCCAGGCCCAGCUCGCCGCCGUAUACCCGCGCCGGGCCCUGAUCUCCCGCGCAAUGCAUCGGAGCUAGGCCCUGCUUGCCGCCGCCGCCGCCGCCGCGGUUCGUCUGCUCCAAGCCCUGCUCCUCGCCGCCGCCGUGGUUCAGUCCCAGAUCCUGCUGCUCGCCGCCGCCGUGGUUCAGUCCCAGAUCCUGCUGCUCGCCGCCGCCGUGGUUCAGUCCCAGAUCCUGCUCCUCGCCGCCUCCGUGGUUCAGCACCAGGUCCUGCUCCUCGCCGCCUCCGUGGUUCAGCACCAGGUCCUGCUCCUCGCAGCCGCCGUGGUUCAGCACCAGGUCCUGCUCCUCGCCGCCGCCGUGCUCCAGCGCCAGGCUCAGCUCAACGCCGCCGCGGUGCUUCCGCGCCAGGCCCUGCUUCCCGUCGCCGUGCAUCUGGGGACACCAGCCCGCCAGGUCCUGCUCUCCGUGGCCGCGCAUCCGGGCCAGGCCCUGCCCUUCGAAGCCGCACAUCCGGGCCAAGCCCUGCCCUCCGAAGCUGCGCCGCCCAGCUAGGCCCUGCCCUCCGAAGCAGCAGCACAACUCCAGGCUUUGUCCUCCGGAGCCGCGCCACUCAGCGAAGAUCAGCCCCUAGCAGCAGCUCCUCUUCAUCCGAGUCUGCUGGCCAGAGUCCUCCUCCGUCCCCUGGUUUCGCCUCAGGACGGCGAAUCUCUCAGAGCAGCUCAAGCUCUCCUGAGCCUGAGCAAGCAAGCCUUGCUACCGAGCGUCCCUGGCACGCAGUCCGUAUGCGUGCCUCCUCACCCUCUCCUCCUGGUAGGGGCUAUCGUCUCCCAGUGCAGUUUGGUGAGAAUUUCUCCUCCUCAUCCACCUCCUCUUCCCCCGCCCUCCGUCCCCUCCCUCUCCUACCUCCCUCCCCUGUUACCCCUGCUCGUGGGUCUCCUGGCCAGAGCUCCUUUUCCUCCUCCUCCACUAAUUACUCUGGCCGCAGUUCCCCUUCCUCUUCUCCUAGGUUUUGUGGUCUGAGCUCCAUUUCCACUCCUAGUCCUGCUAGCCUUAGGCGCAUCCUGCUGCCUGAGCUUGAUGCCCUGAGCCCUCUCUCUUCAGGAGAGCCGGCUGAGACAGGGAGCCCGCCUCCCUCUCCUACACCUCCUGUGCCUUGAUCCUUCAACAGCAUCUUUGUAAGGCCCGCAGAAGGAAUCAGCAGCCACCCACUGCCCUAAAUGGGCUGCUUGUUCUGCGGUUACCUGUGAGGUUUGUUUCCAAGUGUUCUAGCCCUUAACCAACAUUAAUGAGCAGUUUUGAAGCCUCUUCUUAUAAUGGCCCUCUCUAGCAGUUAUCUGCUGUUAGCACUUGAUUCCAGACCCCCCACCAAAGCCUGCUUUUGCCCCUAGGCUGAGAUUUCCCUUUUCCAAGUUGCAUUUAUAAAAUGAAAUUGUUGAAUGAAUAAAAUUAAAUGUUGAUUUCAUUAAAAA